GGCAUUCAUUCCCGUCGGCAGAUGGCGGAUGCAGUAGACGCCUUCCGUCAGUCGCGCAUAGACAACUCACCGAGCGCAGUGCUAUUUUGUUUCGCUCAGCACCAUUUUGUGUGUAUCAUUUCGAACGGGACAUUGUGUGUAUGUGCUCCGUGAACGAUUAUAAAUCACGAACAAAGUGUACGAAACAAGUUUAGUGUUUAACUUUCGACAUGGUCGUCGAGGGAUCGAUGCGAUAUCUCGGGCGCUCGUAGAAACCGCGCCUCCGUCAUGAGCGAGUGAUCGUCGACGUAAAAAAAGUUGACACAGGAAACAUGUCUGGGCGGACCGUCGACGCGGAUGCGAGCGAAGGGUUCGAGUUCGAAAUUCGAAAGCGGUCAUGUCAUCGCCUCUCGGAUUUCGUAUAAGUCACCGUCCAAUGUCAAAACCGUGUCCCUCGCGCUCGCGCCAGUGCGGACAAUGCGGUCGCUGGUAGCGUGGUGGGCCGUGGCGUCGGUGGUGUGGUGGUGCGGCGGGCCGGCGGGCGCGUGCUCCAGCAGCAUCAGCAAGCGGCCGGCGCGGCCGGCGCGGCCCGCGCGCCCGCCGCAGCCGCGCCUCAACGUCACGUUCCCCAUCUUCAAGUGCGAGCCCGACUACUCGGAGUACUACUGCCUCAACGGCGGCGCGUGCUUCACCGUGGUGAUCUCCGACAGCCCCAUCUACAACUGCGAGUGCCGCAGCGGCUUCGUGGGCCCGCGCUGCGAGUUCAAGGACCUGGACGACUCGUACGUGCUGGCCAGCCGGCAGCUCAUGAUGGAGACGGCGUCCAUCGCGGGCGGCGCCACGGUGGCCGUGUUCCUCGCCAUUCUAGUCUGCUUCGGCGCCUGGGUGCGGCUGCGGCGCGCGCCGCGCAAGGCGCCCGCGCCGCCCGCGCGCGGCCCGCUGCAGCUGGUGGCGCUGGCGCCGCGCGGCGCGCCGCGUCUGCUGCCGCCGCGCAGCUAGUGCUCGUGCCGGACUCUGCGCGAGUGUUGUGUCGUCAAAUCCCAGUCCUCUGCUCGGUGUUGUGAAUGUCCUGUAUGUCAGUACUGUGUCGGACUCGCGGAGCCGCACUCGCUUCAGUAGAGCUGUUGUAUCGUCAGUCCCGUGGCGCGGGUGGUGUUAGUCUAAGGAGUGACGGAGCGCAAGCUCCAGCGCUACAUUCCGUCAGCGGAUCAGUAUUAUUUGUAAUACGAGUGGUAAGCGGGCAGCUUUACUUUAUUUUUACUUUAUACCUGAUAUCCCGGUGGGAUAGAGCUGUAUUAUAUUCAUUUGAAGGCUGAGAUGUGCCCUUAACGGAAGGCUUCUUGUAAAUAUAGCCCGUGUAGGUAUUUAUUAGAUAUUUAUGAACGUUUAUUUAUUGACUGCUUUAUUUAGUUAAAACUCGAUGAUCAGCAUCCGACGCCUAAUAACUAUUAACGGUUGCAUCUAAACCUUGCUGUGCACGGCCUCGCGUAUAUUCCCUGUAGUAUCUCAUUGUGAAUCUCGCCUAGUGUAAAGCCUAGUGUAAAAAUUGUAAAACAUUGGUGUAAAGCCCUCCUGCGGCGCGAGCGACCGAGCUUCUGUCUCCCUUUCUGUCUGCUCACUUGUCGCCUGUCCCCGUCUGUUCUGUCGCCUGUCGCCAGUCGACUGUCGACGCGAUUGUCGCCAGUCGACUGUCCUGUCGCUCUCGCUGUAGGAACGGCACAAAAAAACGCAAAUUCGUUUCUGAACCGUACCCCUGAACAUGUAUUGGGGACUGACGAGCUGCUCAUGUUUUAUUCUAGACAGUUCCUACGUUACGUUUCACCAGUUGACUCGUCGCCGCAGCUCGUCAGUCCCCAGGCGGGCGGUCAGUCCCCUGUGUCGGUAUUGAUUCAGAUGAGAUGUUUAUAUGAACAUUCCAAAGUAUAUAAUGUAAAAUAUUACCUACAUCGCUAAUAAUUUUGAAAUACCUGUUAAGACGC